UUCGUAAAAAACAAAAAUCGAUAGAGCGGGCCUCCAGUGUGGUAAACAGGAAGUAAAAUUUGGCUUAUAGCGUACAUGGCAACACUACAGAAAUGUCGGAGAUUCAGAUCGCCUUGUUUUUUUCUUCGCUAAUAUCGGUUUCAGCUGGUGAUUAUUGCCCAGCGACUGGUAACCAGUUUUACUGCGAGUAUGGAUGCUGUGGAAACUCCUGUUGCCCUAACGAGGUGGCGAUCGGGGUGGGGACGACCUUUGGUGCUCUAGUCCUGUUGAUCAUAGCUGGGGGAGUGUUCAUCUGCUGCAUACAGAGAAGGUACAGCCCCAAAGAGGAGGUCAAGUUCACCAAAGACGGCUUCACACAGUAUGAAAAAAAUCCAGUUGGUAUUGCUGAUAUGACGCCUACAGUUCCAGACCGAUCCAGACGACGCAGAUCCACUAUUGCGCCACAACCACCCCCAAUUUUUGCUUUGAAGAAACAAGAAAAAGUGGAGGAGGAAGAGAAGGAUGUAGAGUUGGGGGAGAGAGAAGCCACAACAGACGACACCGCACCAAAGGAACCGGUGUGAACACGUGGUGCAUCACAUGACCACAUUUUAUGGAUGUGCCAGUAACAAUGGAUCUAGAUAGUUUGCAAAGGGGUCCGAAAAUAUGUGAUCAUAAGACUAUUGGACACUUUGAGAUUAACCAUUCUUCAGCUAUGUAGGAAUAUAUGUGCUGGUUGCGGUGUGUUUUCAAUUACUACUUACUUCGCGGUCAUUCUCAAAGUUCAUAUUUAUAUUUUCGCACGAUUUAUAUAAGUAAAUCAUUGUCGUCCUCGAUGAUUUAAUACCAUCGUUAAAGACAAUAAAUCAAGAACACACUAA